UUAUUAUUUAAAAUGGAUGAAUAUCUUCAUAUGGAUUCUCAGAUUGGUUGUAGUUUGAAAUCUGAUUUGUCUUCAUCAAUUAGCAAAGUUGUAGAGAGAGAUUUAACAAAUAGAUUUAGGUUUAAUAGCCAAUUUAGUCCCCACUUUGAUUGAAAAAUCUCAAUUUAGUCCCUCGUUAUAAAAGUGUUUUGCAUUAGUCCUAACUUUUAAAAUAGUGGGUCAGAUUGGUCCCUUUCGUUAAAUAUAAGUUAACGAAAUUAAUGGAUGAUGAUGUGACACAGCUUAAAGCUGAUGUGUUAGAUUGGUCCCUCGUUAGCUUUAAGUUGUGUCACAUCAUCAUCCAUUAAUUUUGUUAACUUAUAUUUAACAGAAAGGACCAAUCUGACCCACUAUUUUAAAAGUUAGGACUAAUUCAAAACACUUUUAUAACGAGGGACUAAAUUGAGAUUUUUCAACCAAAGUGAGGACUAAAUUGGCUAUUAAACCAUAGAUUUACAACAAAUGAAAUAUUUCAUUCACGGGACCACUUAAUUCAAUGGGUAAGAGGGAUGGCUUUUGAUUUAGGAUUUGUUGUGGUAAUAGUAAGAUCUGACAUAGCUACUGGUGUACGGGGAAGAAAAACGUAUGUCAAGCUUGGAUGUGAAAGAGGAGGAAAAUAUAGGAAAUACAAAGCUGAUGCAGUGGCUAGUGUAUACGGCACUCGUAAAUGUGAAUGUCCGUUUAGAUUAAAGGGUAAACCAUGUUCAAAUGGGGCCGGAUGGGUGUUGAAGGUGAUGUGUGGACAUCACAACCAUGAGUUGGCUGAAACUUUAGUGGGUCACCCUUACGCUGGCAGGUUAAAUACGAGUGAGAAGUCAUUACUGGUUGAUAUGACAAAGAGUAAAGUUACACCUGCAAAUAUUUUAUUAACACUCAAACAAAAUAAUGAUCGAAAUGUGACAACGAUUAAACAAAUCUACAACGCAAGGCAUGCGUAUAAACGAUCAUUAAGAGGGUCCAGAACUGAACUACAACAACUUAUGAUGUUGUUGGAUCGGGAUAAGUACAUUCACUGGAGUAGGUGUGUUGAUGAUUCAAAGGUUGUUACUGACUUGUUUUGGACACAUCCUGAUGCGGUGAAAUUGUUAAACUCAUUUAAUGUUGUAUUUAUGAUGGAUUCCACAUAUAAAACAAAUAGAUAUAGACUUCCGUUGCUUGAGAUUGUGGGUAUGACGUCUACAGGGUUAACCUUCUCAGCAGCAUUUGCUUUCUUGUCUACUGAAAGGCAGAGUAAUUUCACAUGGGCUUUGGAAAAGCUGAAAGGUUUAUUUUUAACAUCUGAGGGUGGUCCUAAAGUUAUUGUGACUGACCGAGACUUGGCUUUGAUGAAUGCCAUAUCAAGUGUAUUCCCUGAGUCAUAUCAGAUGUUAUGUCGGUUCCACAUCCUUAAAAAUGUUAAAGCUAAAUGCAAAAUGUUAGUUCAUUCUACUGAGGUUUGGGAAGUGUUGAUGGAUGCAUGGGAAAAUGUGAUGGAUUGUGCUGAUGAAAGCUUGUUUGCUGAGUAUGUGAAUGGUUUUGAAUACGCAAGCAGAUCAUGGCCUUUGUUCUUUGAAUAUGUUAAUCAGAAUUGGAUUAUUCCGUACAGCACAUACUUUGUAAAGUUCUGGACGAACAAAGUAAUGCAUUUAGGGAACACAACCACAAAUAGGGCUGAAUCUGCUCAUUGGAGCCUGAAGAAAGUUCUGGCCAAUAGUAUGAGUGAUUUGUGUUAUUGUUGGGAUAGUAUUCAUAACGUCAUUAUCUUACAACACAACAAGAUUAAGGCGUCAUUUGAAAGUAGUUUGUUGCUCAGGAGUGACUAUUUUAAAGGCUACAUAUAUAGAGAACUUAUUGGGCGUGUGUCUCGAUAUGCAUUGGAUCUCAUUGCUAAGGAAUUGAAAAUAGUGCACCAGAUAGGAUUGGACUCCUCAAAGUGUGGAUGCGUAUUGAGACGUACAUUUGGUGUCCCAUGUGCAUGUGAAUUAGCACGAUAUGAUCCUAGGAUGAUCCCAUUAGGUGAAUUUCAUAUCAUGUGGCGAAGAUUGCAUUUCUCAAAUGUUGAAUUAAAUGAAACUAAGCCUCAGUUAUCCAUUAAAGAUGAGUUGAAACAAGUAGAAGAACGAUUCAAUGAGGUUGACAUUGGCGGUAAAGUCACCAUCAAGCAGAAGUUACUUGAGAUUGUUUGUCCUACAUUGACAUCAAUGGUCCCUCCAUUACAUAAAGUCAAGACAAAGGGUGCACAAAAAAGUAAAGUUAAACGAAGUGAAAGGUCUACUACAAUCUUCAUCUGUGAGAAGUAA